AUGGGAUCCGGUAGUGCAAAAGUUCUACAAGAAGUUAGCUGGCUGGAAGGCAAGGACUUUGUCAAUGGCAGGGAGAUUGGUCUUAUUGAAGUGGUUUUCCCGAGAUUGUUUGUUCUAUCUUUAAACAAAAAUGGAAAGCUCAAUGAGUUUGGAGAGUUUCGGUCUUCAGUUUGGUCUUGGCAUGUUCAAAUGAGAAGGAAUUUGAGUGACUGGGAAAUGGUUCAAUACUGUGAUUUAAUGGCUUUAAUUCAUAAUAUAACUCUGUCCCAUGAGUUGACAGAUGGGCUAGUUUGGAGAGGGAAUGAGGAUGGGAUAUAUUCUGUUAAUUCCAGUGUUAAGUCUUGUUGUCCUGUUUCGACAGUAGAUUCCUUUUGGAUGAGAUACAUUUGGAGAGGCUUGGUGCCUCCUAGAGUGGAGGUCUUUAUGUGGCAGGUGGUGUAUCAAAGAUUGCUAGUAAAACAAGAACUACAAAGGAGAGGAAUUUAUGUUAUUGUAGAUGUGACUUGUCCAUUAUGUAAAAAGAAGGAUAAUGCUCAAAGUUUUAUGAAUGACAUUGUGUUUGAUGGGGGAAGGUUAGAUCAGAUCGAUUUGUUUUUUACGGCAAGAUGUAGGCUGGCUACUUGGUUCUUAGCUAAUUUCAAGGAGGUCUUUAUUCUAAAGGACUCUCUCAUUACUGAUCCAUCUCUUGGGGAUUGUUUCUCUAAUUCAAGGUGCUCUAUCAUUGAAAUUGUGUCUUGGUCUCCUUCUCUAAAGGGCUUUAUUAAAUUAAACGUGGAUGCAACAGUGAAUGAAGAUUGGAGGAAAAGUGGUGUUGGGGGAAUACUUAGAGUUGAUGAUGGCUCGGUGAUGGGUUCUUUCCAAGAGGUUGCUGGUCCAGGUCCUCCUUUGUUAAUUGAGCUUAUGGCAGUAAAGAGGGGCUUAACUUUCUUUGAUUCGUUUCAUCAACGGUUUAAGGAACGCUUAAUUGUGGAAACAGAUAGUAAACUAGCAGUGGAGUGGGUCAAGAAUUACGAUCGCUGUCCCUGUGUCUACUUAAACUUAGUGAAAGAUAUUGCUACUAAGUUAAGGGACUUGAAUGGUAUUAUUAGAUGGGUUGCUAGAUCAACCAAUGUUGAAGCUGAUAGUUUAGCUAAGGCUGGUAUUGGCUAG